GCGUACGUGCAGCGACUGGCCCCGCCCCAUGGGCGGAGCCUAGGGAAGCCGCGGGCGGCCGUCGGCGGCCCGGGAGCUGCUGCUGCUGCUGCUGCUGCUGCUGCUGUUGCUGCGGCCGCUGCACCGGCGGCACCGAGGCCGAGUUAGAGGCCCGGGCGCGCGCCUGGUGGACGUGCCCGAUCCGCUUGGCUCGGCUGCGCCAGCCCUAGAGACCACCUGGGCAUCUAGACGGUUGUCUGCCCUGCCUCGGCGAGGAUGCGGCUGUUCCGGUGGCUGCUGAAGCAGCCGGUGCCCAAGCAGAUCGAGCGCUACUCGCGCUUUUCGCCAUCGCCGCUCUCCAUCAAACAGUUCCUGGACUUCGGGAGAGACAACGCAUGUGAGAAAACUUCAUAUAUGUUUCUACGAAAGGAGCUUCCUGUACGCCUGGCUAACACCAUGAGAGAAGUUAAUCUGCUGCCGGAUAAUUUACUUAACCGCCCUUCAGUGGGAUUGGUUCAGAGUUGGUAUAUGCAGAGCUUUCUGGAACUUCUAGAAUAUGAAAAUAAGAGCCCUGAAGAUCCACAGGUCUUGGAUAACUUUCUACAAGUUCUGAUUAAAGUCAGAAAUAGGCACAAUGAUGUGGUUCCUACAAUGGCACAAGGAGUGAUUGAAUACAAGGAGAAGUUUGGGUUUGAUCCUUUCAUUAGCAGUAACAUUCAGUAUUUUCUGGAUCGAUUUUAUACCAACCGCAUCUCUUUCCGCAUGCUUAUUAACCAGCACACACUUCUGUUUGGUGGUGACACUAAUCCUGCUCAUCCUAAACACAUAGGGAGUAUUGAUCCUACCUGUAACGUGGCUGACGUGGUGAAAGAUGCAUAUGAAACAGCUAAAAUGCUAUGUGAACAGUAUUACCUGGUAGCUCCAGAGCUGGAAGUCGAAGAAUUCAAUGCCAAAGCACCAAACAAACCUAUUCAGGUAGUUUAUGUGCCCUCACAUCUGUUUCACAUGCUAUUUGAGUUGUUCAAGAACUCAAUGAGAGCAACAGUGGAACUCUAUGAAGAUAGAAAAGAAGGCUACCCAGCUGUUAAAACCCUUGUUACUUUGGGGAAAGAAGACUUAUCCAUUAAGAUAAGUGACCUAGGUGGUGGUGUUCCACUUCGAAAAAUAGAUCGUCUUUUUAACUACAUGUAUUCAACUGCUCCUAGACCUAGCCUGGAGCCUACCAGAGCUGCCCCUUUGGCUGGAUUUGGUUACGGUUUGCCAAUCUCUCGUCUGUAUGCUAGAUAUUUUCAGGGAGAUUUAAAACUGUAUUCCAUGGAAGGAGUGGGUACUGAUGCUGUCAUUUAUUUGAAGGCUCUUUCAAGUGAAUCAUUUGAGAGACUUCCAGUUUUUAAUAAGUCUGCAUGGCGUCAUUACAAGACCACUCCUGAAGCUGACGAUUGGAGCAAUCCCAGCAGGGAACCUAGGGACGCUUCAAAAUACAAAGCUAAACUGGACAAGAUCCACACUAACAGAACUUUGUAGAGAACUGAAUGCCCUGGUCCUCUCUGUGAAGAAAGAAUGUCUUCUGCAAGUCGACCAGAGAGAAAUCCUCAAACCAACUCUGAGAGUGGCACCAUAGUUAUUCCUAGUGCUUGAUGAUAUAUUUUCUCUGUACCAGCUGGACCUUUCCAUGGAGUUUUUCCUGUAGCUACUUCAGAUCUUCCACUCAAGUAGUGACCUGAAAAAUUUGUCAUUGUAUCAUGCUGUGGUGUGGUUGGCUCCUGUCGCAGAAGAGCACAGAGAUCUUGUGCCCUCACGCUCUCCAUGUUGUCGUCAUAGAGUCUCUAGUGCCUACAGUGCCCCAGGGAUUUGAGACCCUUCCCCAUUCCAGAAACAACAGAUCCUGCUGUUGCUGUUUGUGACCAAAUACCAUAAUUUUUAUCCCCAACCCCCACCUAGGGCUGGAGGAACCUGGAAGUGGAAGACAUCAGCUGAGCAUGCCUUGACGAUUCAUUCCCAGGGCCCUUCCUCUCUCCUGUGCGUCCCUCCUCCACUGUCUGAUUUAGACUUUGCCUCCUUCCAUCUGAUUGGAUUCUCAUUGUGAGGUGUGGCUACUUUCAUCUUAGAUCUUACUCAUAGAUGCCUUGAUUUUAUUUUAAAAAUCGUGCGUGUACUUCUAUUCUGUUGAUUAAAGUGUUCUAAAAGUUGUCUUGAAAUUUUUCACUUAACUGCUUGGUUUCAAAGAUCUUAAGUGAAAAGUUGCCUCCUGGUCACUAUCAAGUUUGUAGAAUGGGAAGUGGAGUUUGUAAUGCUUCUGUCAAACUUUCAUCAAUGCAAUACUGUACCCUGGUCAUGCUCCUUAGUAGUCAUCUAAGGAAUUGGAAUUUCCUGCGUGAUGCACUUUACUAGUUGUAAAAUAGACUACCAAGGAGAAAAGUUCUUUCUUAUUUGUGUGAAAAAUGCUCUAGGUCUUCAUAAUUUUCAUUUUCAUUAAUUUUAGCCAGUUUUAGAAUUGUCAGUGCAAUCUGAUUUUCAUUCACAAUCCUUUAUUUUUUGCAAUAAAAGUUGGAAGUGGAAAUUGGCAACGGACUUGGGUAAGGAAAGAGGAAUGAUGUUAUACUUAUCCUUAGAAACAGAAGCGAUCUGCAAGGCAGAUUAAAACCAGCAUCUUAGCUCCACGGGAUGGGUUUUCUCUUCCCAAUAAUUUUUCACAUGUAUCAUCUACUCAGACUUCUGUACCCUUUUAAUGUCUAUAAAUGUUUCAGUCCAAUUUUUAAGUAUUGAGUCUACUGAUUUACAAGUUUUAACUUAUAUACUAUUCCUUCUUUAUUCAUACAAUAAUAUCAAUGCACUUGUCCCCAGUGUCACAGUGCUGGGGAGUUUUUCCUCAGGAGGAGUUGUGCUCUGACCAGCUGUGUGUAUCUUGAUUACAUGUCUGUUUCUCUGAAGUUCCACUGAGUUUCUUCGAUUUCUUUACCUGAGCUUAUGAUAGUUCUCUUCGUCUUCAGACGGAUCUCAUCUCCUGCAUUCCUAGAAGCAUCUCAACAGGGACCUCAUAUAUAAUCAGUCAGGUAAAAGAAAUGCUGAUGUACUUCUGAGAGAAUGGGAAGAGAUGGGUCAUUUGUUGGUUGGGUGGGUUGAGGACCAAGUCUAGGGGAUGUGGCUGUUCAUAUGAUUAUUUUUGUGUGAUGUAAAAGAUUUUAAAAGAAUAGCCCUCAGCUUCCCUAUAAACAUUAGGUAGUAUAUUAGUAUCUUACUAGGCCUCAGCUUCCAACCAUACUCCCUAUAUUUUCAAGUGUGGUAACAGUGGUCCUCAAACUAUGGCCCGUGGGCCACAUGCAGCAGUGUGAUUGUAUUUGUUCCUGUUUUUGUUUUUUUACUUCAAAAUGAGAUAUGUGCAGUGUGCAUAGGAAUUUGUUCAUAGGUUUGUUUUUUUUUUUAACUGUAGUCCGGCCCUCCAGCGGUCUGAGGGACAGUGAACUGGCCCCCUGUUUAAAAAGUUUGAGGACCCCUGCGAGGCACCAGAUUUCAGUCCUGCUACCCACGACCUUGUUCUGGUAGCAUUUUUCUUGUUUGAUUGCUACUCGCUCAUAAGCAGCACAUGGAAGGGUUGAGUAUGGAAAAUACAGUGUAGAAAAAUCCUGUCAC